AUGCCCACCACACAGGGGCGGUCAUUCUACGAAGAGCUUCGAGGGCACGACUCUGAAGGAUAUGACGGGGGGUCGCGAGCUGGACUUCUUGACGAAGAAAACCUCAAUCACAACUUCCAGGACUAUGAUCUGGAUCAUGUGGAGGGCCUCACCGUUGAUGAUAGUCGUGCGACGCUAGCAGGUUUACGAAAGACACCGGCGUCGAAAGUCCCACCGGGGCACCAAAAUGACCGGUCGAUGUGGCUCGCGCACGACGACGAUGCCGACAACGAUGUUCCGCCCUCGCUCCUGGUCGAACCUCGAGGCGCUCACCCAGCAGGGAAGCCCAAAAGAAAGCAGAGUCGACAAGCUGCCUAUACCAUGCCCGGCUCAUCCAACGCGCGAGCACAAUGGGAAACAACCCAAGCCCACCAACCCCUCCACAACGAUGAGCCAUUCACACAGAGUCACCGGGGUAACGGCGCCCCGGGCUCUCUGUUCUCUGGGAGCGCAUCUCUCGAUGCGAAGAAGAUGGCGGAAUGGAGAUGGGCAAAUGUCCAGAACCUCGACAAGUUUAUCAAAGAGGUCUACGAUUAUUACAGGGGAUGUGGUAUCAAGGCGAUAAUAACCGAACGGGUGCUGCAUCUUGGUCUUGUCCGCGGAAGCCAGAAGCUCUCGCAGAUCAUCGUUCCACAGUGCACUAGAAAGAUGUCGGGGUGGUGGAAUCUUGGCCUCUGGCUCUUUGCAUUCUACUUCAUAUGGAAGGCAAUCCAGUAUAUCUUGGACCUCCACCGGCUAUUUCACGUCCGUGACUUUUACACACAUUUGCUCAACAUCCCAGACCACGACAUGCAGACUAUCACCUGGCAAGAAGUGGUGGCACGCGUAAUGGCUCUACGAAACCAGAACUCAAAGACGGCAACCACCUUGACCCCGUUGCAAAGACAUUUCAUCGGCAGCCAGUCCAAAGAAAGGCUAGAUGCGUCCGACAUUGCGAAUCGCAUCAUGAGACGUGAAAACUAUCUCAUUGCCCUGUUCAACAAGGACAUUUUGGACCUGACUAUUCCGCUGCCGUUCCUGCGAAAGCGGCAGUACUUCUCUCGUACUCUGGAGUGGACUUUGAUGUUCAGUGUUCUCGACAUGGUGUUUGACGAGAAGGGCCAGGUCAACCAGAAAUUCCUGCGAGCCGACCGCAGAGGGGAGAUAAGCGAGAAACUGCGCUCACGGUUCCAGUUUGCCGGCAUCAUGAUUCUAGUGUUAUCGCCUUUCGUGUCGCUCUAUCUUGUCAUCUAUUACUUUUUGAUGUACUAUCAUGAAAUCCAAAAGAACCCGUCUGUAUUGUCAUCUCGGUCGUAUACACCCCUUGCCGAGUGGAAAUUUCGCGAGUUCAACGAGCUACCACACCUUUUCCAAAAGCGUCUGGACAUGUCGAAAGCUUUUGCAACGCAUUAUAUGGAUCAGUUCCCAAAGGUUAAGACCGAGAUGGUAGCCAAGUCCGUCGCAUUUGUCUCGGGAGCGUUGGCAACCGUGUUGGCCAUUGCAUCUGUUUUCGAUCCUGAACUUUUCCUCGGCUUCGAGAUCACACCGGAUCGCACCGUGCUCUUCUACACGGCCAUUUUUGGUAGUAUCUGGGCGGUUGCCCACGGCAUGCAGUCUCAGGACGAUGCAGUCUUCGACCCGGAAUAUGCCAUGCGCAACGUGAUCGAGUACACACACUACGAACCCGACCACUGGAAGGAUAGACUUCACAGUUAUGACAUUAAGCUGGAGUUUGCUGAGCUAUACAAACCCAAGAUCGUUAUCUUUCUGGAGGAGAUUUUGGGCAUCCUGACAACGCCGUUUGUCCUUUUUUUCAGCCUUCCCAAGUGCAGCGACCAGAUCAUCGACUUUUUCCGGGAGUUCACGCUUCACAUUGACGGACUAGGCUAUGUGUGCACCUUUGCAGAAUUCGAUUUCAAGAAGGCCAUGGCGAACGCAAAGAAGCCGAGUGAUGUUGGUGACGUACGCGACGAGUACUACUCAGCCAAACAUGGGAAGAUGGAAGCAUCGUACUACGGGUUCAUCGGGAAUUAUGGCAACUUUGCUCUCAACCCAAAGGGCGCCCCAGGAUCACAUCUCCCACCGGGAAUGCGGAAUCAAUUUCACCCUCCGCCAGCCUGGCCUGGUCUGAACUCGCCGCCUCUUGGUGCUGACAUGCAGACUUCCCGGAUGGGUCGUAGUGAGUUUCGAUCAAUGAGCAGGGCUCCCGGCCAAGGUCUGCGCCCUGGGCCAAGUAUGGUGGCUCCUUCUCCCAUGGCGUCGAUUCUCCUGGAUCCGCAUCACUUGCCGCCAUCGCACCUUGUGAACCCGGGCCGGGCCUCGCAUCCACACCGCGUUCAGCAAAACAGACGCCCCGGUGAAAGCAACAUCAUCGAGGAGUCUCUGGAAGAUGAAGAACGAGGUAGGGAGGGUGUCAAUCGUCACGACGAUGAAGAGGUGUACGGUCAUGGAGAUGGCAUGGAUGAAUCGGCCUGGCAGACAUCACCGGCCAGAACCUUGAGCAGGGACAACAGCGCAAUCGAGGGUAUUGGGACUGCGGAGGCGGGAGUUGUGGACAUGAUUUAUCAAUUCAACCAGGCCCAGUUCACUCGGAACGGCGUUUGA